AUGCCAGGCCUGGCCCUGGCGGGAGCCCUGGAGCGUCGGCAGGCCGUCACCAUCAGCGUCAAUCUGGGUCAAAAGUACCAGACUAUGGAUGGUUUCGGAGCCUCAGAGGCCUUUCAACGCGCACUUACCAUGCAAAGGCUUCCCGAGACUGAACAGCGCAAGUUUCUCGACCUGAUGUUCAGCACCGAAAAGGGGGCCGGCUUGACCAUUCUUCGGAACGGCAUUGGGUCGUCCCCGGACAUGAGGGACGACCACAUGGUGUCGAUUCAACCGCAGAAUCCAGGAGGCCCCAGGGCGACGCCCAAGUAUGUUUGGGAUGGAUCCGAUAAUGGGCAACUCUGGGUCUCCAGGGAGGCUGUGCACACGUACGGCGUAAAGACGAUCUACGCCAACGCAUGGAGUGCGCCGGGUUAUAUGAAGACGAACGGCAAUGAUGCAAACGGUGGGAGCCUCUGCGGAGUGUCCGGCGCCAGUUGCUCGAGCGGAGACUGGAAACAGGCUUACGCCGACUAUCUGGUGCAAUACGUCAAGUACUAUGCCGCCGAGAACAUUACCAUCACACACUUGGGCUUCAUCAACGAGCCGGGGCUGACGACUUCAUACGCAUCCAUGCGCUCGUCCGGCACCCAAGCAGCCGAUUUCAUCAAGGUGCUACGCCCGACGCUGGAUAGAAACAACCUUACCACCCUCAAAAUCAACUGCUGCGACCAGGAAGGUUGGCAAGGCAUGAACAGCAUGCUGGGCCAGAUGCGGGGGGUCGAGUCCAUGCUCGACACCAUCACGGGACACAGCUACACGUCGCAGCCCACCUCGUCCCUGUCCACGAGGCUCAAGACGUGGCAAACCGAAGCGGCAGACCUCAACGGCGCGUGGACCUCGGCGUGGUACCAGAACGGCGGGGCCGGCGAGGGCAUGACGUGGGCCAACAACAUCUACACGGCCAUCGUCAACGCCAACGUCUCCGGCUAUCUCUACUGGAUCGGCGGCCAGGACCGCUCGAGCAACACCAACAGCAAGAUGAUACGCGUCGUCAACAAGGCCGUCGACCCGUCCAAGCGGCUCUGGGCCAUGGCCAACUGGAGCCGGUUUGUGCGCCCCGGAGCGGUCCGCGUGGGUGCCUCCGGCAGUGGUGUCCGGACCUCGGCGUUUCAGAACGUUGAUGGUACGGUUGCGGUGCAGGUCAUCAACAGCGGCGGCGAGCGGUCUGUCACCGUCUCUGUGGGCGGUGGGGAUUUCAAAGCUGCGAGUGCGACGGCUUGGGUUACGGACAAUACCAGGGAUUGCAAUCAGAUUACGGCAAGUGUUGAUGCCAGCAGCGGGAGGGUGACGGGUAGUGUUCCCUCUCGGAGCAUGGUGACGUUUGUGCUUCGCCCGGCGGCCGAGUCAGGGGCAGGCGCUUGA